CGAUCUUUUAACACUCGAAUUCCAUCUUCCUUGCUUCCUGCUCGCUUAUAACUGGCAUGAGGGAUGUCCGAAAAUUUAACGUUAUCAUUAGUAUAACAUUUUUAAAAGAUACUAUACACGCUGUGCGAUUGAACUAACAAACGGUUUACUUUGCUAAUAUUUUCUAGUGGUCUUACAAAGACAAUUGAUUUAUCGUAAUGGAGUUGAACCCGUCUUACGAAGCAAUCGGAAAAGGAUUUGUACAGCAGUACUAUGCGCUGUUCGAUGAUCCAGCUCAAAGACCAAAUUUGAUAAACAUGUAUAAUACCGAGACGUCUUUCAUGACAUUUGAAGGUUUCCAAAUUCAAGGUGCCAUUAAAAUUAUGGAGAAAUUGACUAGUCUGACAUUUCAAAAAAUCAAUCGGAUAAUAACAGCGAUUGAUUCGCAGCCUAUGUUUGAUGGUGGUGUACUCAUAAAUGUUUUGGGGAGGCUGCAGGCCGAUGAAGAUCCACCACAUCCCUUUUCACAAAUUUUUGUGCUGAAACCACUGGGAAAUUCUUUCUUUUGUCAGCACGAUAUUUUCCGCCUUGGCAUUCACGAUAGUCCAUGAAGAAAAUGUCUGUUGGCAUUUUAGAACUAUCUACAGACAAUUCAUUGAACCAUGGACUAUUCACAUGUUGAAAUAAGUGAGCUAGGUUCUUUUCAUAUUAAUCUUUUUUGUCAUUGCAUAUUAUUCUACUUUAUCUAAAUAUCCCAGUUUUUAUAUGAAAAUUAUCUGCUUACAUCCUGGCCAUAAGAAAAAAAAAACGACGUUUAAGAAUAAAUACAGUUUAAUAAU